CAAAAAAGACAGUGAUGUAAUUAAAAAAAAAAUUGGACUGAUGACUGAGAGUAGUAAGUAUCCUCUGCAUGCCGUAGCCCUUUUCUUCUGGGAGGCAUCCAAUUCCCUCCUCCUGCUUUCUCCGAUUUCAGGAAUUUGUCGGAUAUCUGAAAUCUAAAUAUGCAGUUCAGUUCCAUGAGCGAUGCUCUAGAUCGAGUUUGUAAGAGGCAAAAGCUAUCGGCGUCCAUUUCACACAAUGUGAUUGACGAGGUUGGACAUGAAAUUCAACAGGCAUUGGGCGACAUUCAAUCAGGUCAUGUUGCUACAUGGGCAUUGGUUGACAUUCAAUCAGAUGGUGUCGCCACAUCACUCAUUGAUCAGAGAUCAAUUAUUGCUGAAUUGAAAAAUAGGCUCACCAAAGUUGGCCCACUCGGCAAGCUAGAAGAUUUGCAGAAAGAGCAAAGCAUAAAUCUCAGCAAGUGUCAGAAGGUGCUUGAAAAGACCUUUAAUCCUGACAUAGCAAAGGCGUAUAGAUAUGUUGACUUUGACAGACACAGUCUAAAUCAGGUCAUUCUUAGCCACUUUUACCGGGAAGGUUUGUUUGAUGUUGCUGACUCAUUGAUAAAUGAGGCUGCUGAACCAGAAGUCAUUUCCUUGAGAUGGAAGUUUGUGGAGAUGCACCAAAUUCUAGAGGCUGUCAAAUAUAGGAAUCUGGAACCUGCCCUUAGGUGGGCAACUGAAAACCAGGAGGAACUGAAUAAUCGUGGAUCACUUCUUAAGCUAACACUUCAUAAGCUGCAGUUUGUGGAGAUUUUGCAGAACAGUGGCCGAAAAGAUGCAAUUACCUAUGUUAAGACACAUCUUGUCCCUCAAGCUUCUUCUUACUUAGGCGAAAUUCAGAAGCUUAUGUGUUCUAUUUUGUGGGCUGGAAAGCUGGAAACAUCCCCAUACUCUGAGAUGGUGGCUCCAUGGCAAUGGGGGAGGCUUACUGAGGAUCUUACUCAGCAGUUCUGCAGUUUCGUGGGACAGUCAACACAAAGCCCUCUGAGUGUGGCUCUGGCUGCAGGGAUUGAAGGAUUGCCUACCCUAUUGAAAUUGGCUACUGUGAUGGCUGGGAAGAAGCAAGACUGGCAAGCCAUGAAAUAUUUACCAGUGCCAGUUGAAUUGAGCAAGGAAUUCCAGUUUCAUUCAGUUUUUGUUUGUCCUGUAAGUAGGGAGCAAGGGAGCCAAGAGAAUCCACCCAUGAUGCUGCCCUGUGGGCAUGUCCUUUGCAAGCACUCAAUUCAUAAGCUGUCCAAAAGCUGCACGCGUAGCUUCAAGUGUCCAUAUUGUCCUCAAGAUGCCACAGCUUCCGAUUGCAGGCAAAUUUUCUUCUAGUAUAACUGCUCGCUUUCCUCACACUUCUGUGUGUAGGACUCCAGUGGGUUUUGGCGUGGUAGUUUCCCCGCUUUUCUUUUAAUCUUUUCUUAUUGGGUUUAGCGCAUAAGAUCUUUUUCUGCUACAAUAACAACCUAGAGCUUUGUAGCGAAGAUUGCUGCUACUUUUGUUAAUAUAUUAGAAUUCAGGAAGAUUUGGAUGCUUUUUAUACAGAAGAGGUAUACUACCAGCAAUGUUUGUGCUUUGAUCACUUGUAUAAGUCGCUUUUCUUAUUCAAAAGCACAAGAGAUAGAAAUUACACAUACUGCAAUCUGAGAAAUAGGUGGUGAAAGAAAAGUAGUACAGUAUGAUUUUAAUCCAACAAUGUCAUCUUCUACUAUUUUAGAAGCCAAUUAAUCUCUUCAAGCUAGGAAAAAACACAGGACCAGAAUUACUACUAGAGGACUCCCUCUCAUCAGCCAAAUAUUCCUCGAUCAAUUCUUUGGUCGAUUUAGCGGACAAAGGAUGAAAAUUAUCACUCCAUCCUGAAACAAACCCUUGAGCCACAGCCAGUUUAUCAUCCUCAUUCAUCGCUCUCCACCUGUCCUUCACUUCUUCCGCUUUCCACCCCAUGUAAUUGCUGAACUCUGUAAACAAGAGUUCCCUGCUCUUAUUGAUGGCCUCUUCUCUCUGCACAGUUUGGGCGUUCAGUUUCUCCACCUCCGCGGCUAAUUUCAAGGCAAGUUCUGAAUCACUGAAGCUUUUGUUGCUGCUGCUGUUGUUGUUGGUGCACGAAACCGCGAUAGGAUGCUUGCGUGAUUGAUUGCUGAAAUGGGUACUCGAAUAGAAGGAUAAAAAUGGAUUGGUUGGGAAAUUUGGGAUUAGUUGAAUAGGUUUUGAUGGCAGAAGAGAAACUUUGAUGGCCAUUUGCUAAACACUCGAUGUUUGCUCUUUCUGAUUGCAGCAGAGAUGUUUGUAAGUUUGCCUCGCAGCCAGUUUAUUCUUUAUUGAACUCUAUUUUACCGUUUAUGCCCUUCUAGUUCACUGUACUUUAUCAUUUUUGCCCAGUUCUUAACUUGGAACUUUCGUCAUUAUUUCCGUGUCUCCUUCCAAUUUUUGUUGUCCUUCCGUCCCAAGUAUAACAAACAGAAAAAUCAUAUGAGAUCAGGCGAUUAUUUUACAGAGAG